AUGGCGACUGCAAAGAAAAGAAAAGUAGAUGCAGAAUGUCGAGCCUUCCAAGAGAAGUGGACAAACGAUUAUUUUUUUGUUGAAGUGAAAGGCAAACCUGUGUGCCUAGUUUGUGGGGAUGCGUUAGCAGUAAUGAAGAAGGCCAAUGUGGAGCGUCAUUACAGCUCAAAACAUGCUAAGCUCAGUGAUUUGGGAGGACAAAUGCGUCUGGAUAAAAUCAAUGCUCUUCGGCGGUGUUUAGAAUCACAACAAGCCUCUUUCACAAGACCUCGGUGUGACAGAGACAACGUUAUUCAGACGAGUUAUGCACUGAGUGACCUAAUUGCCAAGAAGCUGAAGCCUCACAUAGAGGGAGAGUUUGUGAAAGAGUGCAUCGUUAAAGCUGCGGAGUUGCUAGCGCCAGACAAACUUCAGUUAUUUCAGAGUGUUAGUUUGUCUCGUAGAACCGUCUCAGAUCGGAUUACUGACUUAGCACAAGAUAUUCAUAAAACACUGAAGGAUUCUGCAAGAGAUUUCCAGUUCUUCUCUGUGGCUUGUGACGAGACAACAGACAUAACAAAUACCGCCCAACUGGCCAUUUUUGUUCGUGGAAUAACGGCCGAGUUUGACACACGAGAGGAAUUGCUGUCAUUGGAAGCCAUGCAUGGCACCACAACUGGUGAGGACUUGUUUGAGAGUCUUGUUUCGUCAAUGAACAAACUAGAGUUAACAUUUGAAAAGUUAAGUGGCCUCACUACUGAUGGAGCUCCAGCCAUGGUUGGCUCACAAAAGGGUUAA